AUGAAAGUCGCAAUCUCAGGGCUUAGCGGGCAGGAAGUCAUGUUGGACGUGGACGAGCACCAGCCGGUCCGUGCUCUGCGUGCUUUGGUGCGUGACCAGUUGGCGCUGCCGCCGGCGCUGGUGUCCUUGUUCUGCGGUGGUGCUGAGCUGAUCCUCAGCAAGUCCUUGGCGGAGCAAGGCAUCGAGGAGAAUGCAGAUCUGUCUUAUGUUUGCCAAAAGGUGGAUGUGUUGAAGGCAUGGAAGGCGCUGAGAGGGCUGGAAAUGGAGGAGGGCAUGCUGGAGGGUGUCACGGGCAUUGGCUACGGGUGUGGACUGGACAUCUUAGAGCCGCUGGAUCUGCCGGCCAGCCUAGAGAGCUUCGAGUUCGGCGCGAAUCAUGGCGUCCGAAUCGACCGCGUGCGGUGGCCCCCGAAUUUGCAGACCUUGUCGCUGGGGCUUCACUUCAACGAGACUUUGGCUGAGGUGACCUUUCCGGACGCCUUGUGUUGCCUGAUCUUCGGGGACUUGUACCGCCGAAGCCUCGAGGAGGUGCGGUGGCCCCGACAGCUUCAAGUGCUCACAUUGGGCUCCGAGUUCAACCAGAGCUUGGAACACGUCCGCCUGCCCGACAGCCUGCAAGAGUUGAGCUUCGGCUUUUGCUUCGACCAAAGCCUGGAAGCGAUGGCUUGGCCCCGCAACCUCCGGCGCUUGAGCUUCGGCCGGCGCUUCAACCGAAGCCUGGAAAACGUGCGCCUGCCACCUGGCCUGCAGUUCUUGACUUUGGGCGAUGACUUUGACCAGCCUUUGCCUUCUUCGGAAGUCGGGGUGCCUGAUGGUCUCCUCAGCCUGACCUUGGGGCGCUGCUUCAACCAGGACCUCGCAGAGCUGCAGUGGCCAGCUCUGGAAACUUUGAGCUUCGGGGAUUUCUUCGAUCACAGCCUGGAGGAGCUGAACAUUCAGAGCCUCAGGACCUUGGUGCUGGGCGCCGGUUUUAACGACCUCGCGGGCCUGAAUUUGCCGGACUCCUUGAACAGCCUGUCCCUGGCUUCUUGCCAGGAUGUGCAAGAAAUCCGGUGGCCAGAUCAGCUCCAGACAUUGUGCCUGGGUGACACCUUCAAUGCCAGCCUCGACGGGCUCAGCUUGCCCCAUUUGAGGACGCUGAGCUUCGGCAAACGCUUCAACCAGAGCCUCGCUGCGGACUUACCCAGCCUGGAAACGCUGAGCUUUGGGGCCGAUUUCAACCAGGCGCUGGACUGCGAAACCUUUCCCGCCCUUCAGAGCUUGACUUUUGGCGAUGACUUCAAUGAACCUUUGCGGGGCGUGCUGCUCAGACUCCGGCAGCUUACCUUUGGCUACGACUUCCAGCAACCGUUGGGUGACUUGGAGCUGCCGGCCCUGCGCAGCCUCACGCUGGGCGCUAGUUUCGACCAAACCUUCGGCCAGUGGCCCAGCAUCGAGAGUCUCACGCUCCAAGACGACUGCGUGAGCCUGCAUGGUGGCAGCUUCCCCGAGACUUUAAGGAGUCUCGACUUCUGUGGCUUCUUCAACCGGAGCCUGGAUGGGGUACGCCUUCCUCCCUUGAGAUCUCUGAGCUUCGGAGACGAGUUCGACCAGAGCUUGCGAGGUUUGAGCCUUCCCUACCUGCAGACCUUGGCUUUGGGCUCCGCCUUCAACCAGAGCCUGGCGGAGGUGCCCUUGCCCAGACUGGAAGCCCUGAGCUUCGGGGGGCGCUUUGAUCAAGUGCUGGGCCUGGACGCGCCUGUGCUGCGGUCCUUGGAGUUUGGCUAUGCCUUCAACCAGACUUUGCGGGAGGUGGACUUAAGUCUGCUCCAGCAUCUGACCUUUGGCAAUGGCUUUCAGCAGAGCUUGCAGGGCGUGACUUUGCCCAGCCUCCAGCGAUUGGUCUUUGGCUGCGGUUACAACCAGAGCUUGGAGCAUGUGACAUUGCCCAGCCUUUGCAGCGUGCUGCGACGUCACGCCGCAGCCCCCAAGAUGCCACUGGCGCCCCGGGCGGCGCCAAUGGCGCGGACGCAGCUGCAAAGGCAGCAACUGUCGCGGCUGGUGCCGCGCGCGCCGGUGCGGGUGGCGACCAUCAAGAGUCACCCCAUCCGAUGUCGCGACACCGGCGCGAGGAGAUGGCCUCCCUUCGAAGAGGCUUCCCUGGAGGAGGACGUGCCCACGGAGCUGGACGCUUUGAAGGGGUGGCAGACCCCGCAGACCUCCGUCUCGCUGCUGGACUCUGUGGCAGGGGCCUCCAGUCCCGGGUCCUCCGUCUCCGUGUGGGCCGAUCCCAACGUGGGGAUGUGGCCGGAGCUGAAGGACACAAGGAUAUGA